AUGGUUUCCUUGGGAAUGGGAACAGAAAGCAAGGCAAGAAGAUCAGGUCCUACUAAAAAUGCUAGGGCAUUGUUGAAAGAGAUCAGAUCAAUGAAACUUUCCGAUCAUUUGGGUGUGAUGGGAAUUCUGAGAGAAUCUUUCGCCAUCCUUAAGAAAAAUGGGAUGCUCACAGCUUCCAUCACUUUUCUCACCAUCCUUCCUAACACUCUUCUCUUCCUGCUCCACCAUUUCUCUGUCAAACAACUGGUCGUUGAUUUGGUUCUAAAAAUCAUGGACGUAUACCAAGAAGCACCAGGAAGCCCAGAAUAUAUGGAGCUAGUCGAGCAAAUCAGAAGGGAUAUCGGAAUUCUUAUGCUCAAAGAAGCUAUCUUCAAGACUGCAAUGUGGCUGGUCUUUCUUUUCUCUGUGACUGGAACCGUUUAUGCCUCAGCCAUGACCUACACCGGCAUGAGCUUGACUCUCAAGGAGUUGAUUUUGAGGAUCAGAGCAACAUGGACAGGUCCGGCCAUCACUUGGUUCUACGUUUCCCUCUUAAUUCUGGGUUGCUCUCUUCUUGCCUUGGCUCCUGUGGGUCUGUUCACAAUGGUUUCUACUGGUUCCAGUGGCUCCAUUGCAUUGAGUGCCUUUUCUCUCCUGCUUGUUCUUCUGCUGCUUCUUGUUUCCCUCUACCUAUCUUCGGUUUGGAUUGUGGGUCUUGUGGUCUCUAUCAUAGAAGAUGGUUGUUAUGGGUUGGAGGCAAUUGGGAAAGCUGAAGAGCUUAUGAAGGGUAGCCGGCUUCAAGGCUGUGUUCUCACCCUUCUUUGUGUUACAGUUCUCAUUCCCAUCUCUGGAAUUCUUGGUUCCAUAAUAGGAAACACUGCUUUUACAGAAGCCACUCAGCUGGGCAUUGCAAGCUUGUUGAUGAGUAUAGCUUGUUUGCUGAAAAUCUUUGGGUCAACUGUGUUUACUUUGUUUUAUUACCAAUGUAACAUAAUCCCAGGUGAAAAGGUGGAAAUGAAGCAAGGAACAGGUUACAUUAUGAUUCCUAGUGUUCCAUAUGUUGCUGAAGCUCUUCCUUGCUGA